UUUCCUGCAGCUAUCGUAAAAUACGGUUAUCACCGAAAACCUAGUAAGUCAAUUAUUAACGAGUUUAUGCAAAAGUUAAUAUUUUUGUUACGAUCUCAUCUAUCCACCGUUCGAAACCACGUACAGUGAUCACAGUAGUCUUGUAUCGAGUUGUCUUUUAUCAUCAUUAUUAGGAAAAAUGGCCGCUAUUGCCCGUACUCUGCGCCCCUUCCUCAGAUGCACUCGCACUCAAAAGAGGUUCUAUGCCGAUGCUCCAGCCGGAGAUCAAAUGAAAUUCACAUUUGCUGGUGCUAACCAGGUAUUUUACGAUCAAGCUGUUGUCAAACAAGUUGAUGUGCCAUCAUUUUCUGGCUCCUUCGGUAUUCUACCAAAGCACGUACCCACCCUGGCCGUCUUAAAGCCUGGAGUAGUGACAGUGUACGAACAGGGAGGUGAUUCCAAAAGGAUUUUUGUAUCUUCUGGUACUGUUACGAUCAAUGAAGACUCCAGUGUACAGGUCCUUGCUGAAGAAGCUCACCCAGUAGAUUCCUUAGAUAGUUCUGCAGCCAGGGAUAUUCUUAGCAAGGCACAGCAACAGUCAUCAUCUGCAUCAUCCGACAAAGACAAGGCAGAGGCUGCCAUUGCAGUAGAAGUUGCUGAAGCUUUAGUGCAAGCUACUGCUUAAAUUAAUUUAAAAAAAAUAAAAAUUAAAUCAUAAACUGUAAAAAUGAAAAAAAAAUGAUUGUAUUUCAUAUUUAGCAAUACCAAUGUAUGAUAGAAAAGUCACCCAUAUUGCGACAACAUAAAUUUGUCUCAUAAUAAAAACGUUAAUCCAAAAGAACCGGGAAAGCUUUUAUUUAGGAAUUCACGUAAAAAGAGACUCGCAUUUUUUUUCUAUUAAAUAUAUUAAAGCAAUAUUUUUUACACAUUUGAGAACAUAUUUCAUUUGUUAUUCAAAAACACUUCAAACUUGUAUAUAUACUUUUUAUUUAUUCAGAGUUUUUUCGUUUUAAAACAGCGAUGGAAAUCACUCUGAUUAUUAUUGCAAAAUUAUUAGAUUGUGUAAGUAUCUAUCUACGCUUUGUACACAUUUUUAAUUAAAUUACAAUGAAAUAUUACAACCCUAACAAGAAUUUUAUAAGGCACUAAAAUGCAUGUGUAACAAGUGAAAAAAAAAAUCAUUUUAAAAUUAAAUUCUCUUAUAAAUCUUUGGCACUUCAUCGCCAAAUAUAAGUAUAAUCAUAUUUUUUGCAGUCGAAAAUUUAAAACUAAGUUUUUUCAGCAAACAUUUUGCACUUUAGUUUUAAAUUCAUAACAAAACAAUAAUAUAAUAUAAAAACACAAGCGAUAAGUUUUUUGUCGAUGACAAAUCUUUUUAUAAUUAGUUAAACUGCUUACAAGAUAAAAUUGCACAUAGAAAAAUUCUGAAUUAGUAAUAAUUUUUUUAAAAUUAUUACUUAAAUAUAUACCCAAAAAUGUUAUCAUAAAAAUUAUAAAAAAUAUUUUUUAUCAAGAAUAUUGCUUUGUAAGUUGUAUGCAAAUAUAAAAAGUGUGUUGAUUUGAUAGAUAAAAAAUUGGUAAUAAAAUAAAAUGUAUCAUAGAUACUCUCGUGCACAUCUAUCUGAUCAAUAGUA